CUGUUAUCCAGACUAUCAAAUGACGACAGUACGUACGUACGUACGUAAUUGCACAGAAAAAGAUUUUCGUAGUUGCCUAAAAACUCCAACUUUUGCUGUUAUUUAAUUUUGCUUCAUUUGCUGUUGCUGACACCACUUAAGAGAUAUAAUAUUUGACUAUCUUACAGAAGGAACUACCACUUUCGAGGCAGUGUCGAUUUUAGAGGAAAAAGAAAUCUGUCACCAUGGGUUGUGCAGCAAGCGAGGUUCAAGUUCAACAGCCGGCACAUCACGUAAAAGUCCAUCAUCACCCAAACCCUGCCCCAGUGCAGCAGCCUCCGAUGCGUAUGGCCAUGGCCCCUGGCCCUCAGCAGACUGCAGUGCGGCAGAUGGCCCCACCUCCCCAGCAGGCCCCGCCUCCCCAGCAGGCCCCGCCUCCCCAACAGGCCCCGCCUCCACAACAGGCCCCACCCCCUCAGCAAGCACCAGCUGAGAACACACAAGAUGAGGAUAUUCAGCCCGAAUCUGUGGAAAUCAAUGAGGCCCUUAUUCAACUGUUGGUUGAUAUGGACAAGGAGAUUUCGGACCUGGAGUCCCGUAACGUCUCCAAGCAGUACCAGUUGAAGUCAGACCAGAUGACCCACCUUACGGCACAGGUGCAGAGUAUGGCUCAGCAACAACAGGCCCUGGUCCAACAGACGCAGAAAGAAUACCAGGACGUGGUGAAUUUACAAAAUCUGCAGAGCACCCGCCAGAUGAUGACCCAGGGCCAGUACACCACGCAGAUGAGCAAGGAGCAAGAGGAAUACAUGCAGGCCCUGUCCAAGCAAGAAGUCCACAAGAAGGAGCUGGACACGACGGCCCGGCAGCUGGAGACAUUCAAGAGAGAGGUGGCAUCGGUGAAGGCCCAGGCGGACAGAAUCAAAGAGCUGUACGACAAACAAGACGGCAUUCUAGCAAGCAUCUUUGACGGCAAAUACGGCAGUGAGAGAGAGUACAACUUGGAGUCGGACCUGGACCUAGCCCUGGAACGCAAGCAGAGAGUGGGCGUGGCUAAGUACAAAUGGCAGAAUGCCAAGGUUCUCCUGCAGCACGCCGGCGGACAGCUGGGCUUCGCGAUCAGACGGUGGGGCGACGUCAUGCAGAUACCGCCACAGAAUACGGACAUCCGGUACAAGUUUGCAGCCGAGUGCCGCAACAACCUUGUAGCGGCCUCGCAGAACAUCACCAGCGCCCAGCAGUACCUGAACACCAUCCGCUUCCCCUACUGCACCGCGGACGAGAUGAAGACCCUCAACACUGCCAUCAAUCACAUCUUCACCGACCUGCUGACCUCGGAGAGGCACAAGCACGCAAUGGAGUGCUACGUCACCGUCUACCGCCGGACCGCCGCCCUCAUCCAGUGGUGUGAUCAUGUCAUCAACAAGACAAUCUUGAAGGAUCUGGAAGGGGCCACCAAGGAGAGCGCCACCAAGAAGCAAGAGCUGAAGCAGGAGAGACUGAAACUCAUCAAGGAGAAGAUCAGAGAGAAGCUUGGAGAUGAUGCGGCAGACAGGAUCGAACUCACCUCAGAUGGACCAGCAGAGGCUGAGAACCCAGACCAGGAUGACGCUGAGCUCCUGAUGUUGGUAGAGGCAGAUGCCGUAUCACAGGCUGGAGAUCUGGCAGCGCUGGCACCAGAGGGAGGCUCAGACGCCAAUGCAGUCACUCCCCUUCCACUGACUGAGCUUGCCCCGACCCCAUCCAUGGACGACCUCUUUGGAAACAUUGAUGAUCUCAAGAAAAAACACGAAGAAAAUGUCAAGGAACUACAGAGGCAGCAGGAGAUGGCCAAAGCCCGGGUGGACCAGGACCUGCAGUCCAAGCUGGCCAAGAGGAGGAGCCGUCGCCGGCGCAUGCAGCAACAGGAGACAGAGAUGCAAUCACUGGCAGACAAGAGCUAAUUAGGAACGAGGGCCAAUGGCUGCAGCUUGUGUCUUCUCAAAGAGCAGCAUUUACCAUUAGUCUUUUUGAGAUAUGCUGGACACAUUGGAAGAGUACUCAUUAAAUUUGGGUAAAUGAAAGAGUUUUCUGACUCCAGGUAGUGCAGUCAUGUUGUGUCCACCAUAUCUCAAGAAAGGCUGGUGGGAAAAGCUCUGACAGCAGAGUGCCGCUAUGGGCUCUGUUCAGGAAUAGUUAAUGGUGCUUUGCAAUCACUUUUGAGAGCCCCAGUGGGAGGGAAACGCAUGUGUAUACUGCAGUGUUGUAGUCCAGUAACUUGGCUCAUGUCUGAGUCUCGAGUCAAUUGGGUCGAGUCCGAGUCUCGAGUCACUUGGGUCGAGUUUGAGUCCGAGUCACUCGAGUUGAGUCCGGGUCUCGAGUCACUUGGGUCGAGUCCGAGUCACUCGAGUUGAGUCCGAGUCUCGAGUCAUUUGGGUCGAGUCCGAGUCUCAAGUCUCGAGUCACUUGGGUUGAGUCUGAGUCACUUGACUCGAGUUUAAGUCUCGAAUCACUUGGGUCGAGUCCGAGUCUCAAGUCUCGAUUCACUCGGGUCAAGUCUGAGUCCGAGUAUCGAGUCACUUGGGUCGAGUCCGAGUUACAUGUAAAUAUUGCUUCUUAAUAUUUUUACUUUUGUGAAUACUUUUGAGAAAUGUAUGCAGCUAAGAAUACCUCAUAGUACUGGAUUCAUGUACAGUCGACUCCUGUUUAUAACAAGGUCGAUGGGACUAACCAAAUUACCUCUUUAUAACAGGAAUGUUGUUAUAAAAGGACAGCGAAACAAAGAAACACAAAGAGAACCUGAGAUUUGGGACUUCAGAAUUUGCUCUUUAUAAGCAGAACCUCUUUAUAGAAGUGCUCUUUAGAAUGAGAGUCGGCUGUACUUUGUGAUUGAUGAACCACACAUAUAGUUCUACCGUUUGCAGAUUGUUAUUCUUUGUAAGAUCUUUAUCUUUUUUGUAUUUGAUUACUUUGGUAACCAUUAUUUUGGUUCUUCAGAUCUUAACCCUCCUGCUGUUUGAACAGUCACAAACGGUACAAAAAAUCCAUCAUCUUCCCCUGUCAUGCCUUUUACACAGGCUAGUCACCAAUAGUCGGAUCAUAUUUCAAGCAAGCACUGUGACUAAUCAAAUUCAGUCAACAGUUAAAAGCACGCAAGAAGUAGGCACAGCUGGCUUAUCUAUCAUCUACUGUCAAAGCACAGCUUUAUAAGUUAAAUAAACAAUUACAGCCAGUCAAUCCUGCUUUAUGUAGGCUGGGAGCUCUUAACUGUUGAAAACAGUCACUCGAUUGAUUUUGACUGAAAGGACAACUUUGCACAGAAUGUAUGUUUGCAUAGAAGAGUUAAUGCACUUGUAGAAAAAAAUUCUUUUCUUUUAAAGUACUGGGUUAUGAAAAGAUGUAUAUAAUAUGAGCAAUGUCUUUCAGGAUUUAAA